CUUCUUCUUUAUUCUAUCCGCUGCAACCUAUACGAACCCCAAUCUCUUUCUCCUAAAUCUAUAUUUCAUAUUUCAUACACCGAAUGGCCCACUGUUCAGUGACACCGAAUCGGUCCACUGUUCAGUGACACCGAAUCGGUCCACUGUUCAGUGGAUGAAGAUGGCAGUGAACAACAACAAAUCUGGGGAUGUUCUGUAAUUGGGGAUUUCUGGGGUUGUGUUGUAAUUGGGGAUUUUUGGGUUGGAUUCAAAUCAGUGGAAGUGCCAUUAAUCAAUUAAAGAUUAAGGAAGAAAUUAGAGAUUCGGGAGGGGUUUCACUUGAAUUUGUUACAUGAAGCUGUUGCUUAAGAAGAUUUGGUGUUUGCUGUUAUGGUUUGAUUUAGGGUUUCAAUCGAGAAUCGGCGAAGAUGGUGAUUGUUGGAUCUGGGUUUGACUGUGUUCGAUUUGAGAUGGAAAUUAGAGAUAGUUGUGAGCUGUUGAUGAAGCUCUCUGUUAUCUGCGAACCCUAAACCAAGAAUCUGUUCUUUUUUUUUGAAUUUUCAUCUUAUUUCACCGCAGGUCAAAGAAUUUGGUGUUGCAGUUGAUGCUGAAAGAAGUUCUUACAGCCAUCAGUGCAAUCUGUCUCUUUCGGUUUAGAUGUUAAUAAUUAGUUCAAUGAGGGAAGGCUAUUCUUUUGUAUGAACAAGCGAGAAAAAAGGGGAGGACGAAACAAAAAUGCUCGGCAAACCAUCAUGUUUACCGAGUUUGUGAUUCAGUGGCUAUCUAUGCAGCUUGCUUUUACUAAUAUAACCCAUGUCGGGAGUCUUGCUUAUUGGAGACCGACAAUAAUUUUCCACAGAAUGAGCCGAAGUAAUCAGGUGAUAGGGACGUCAAGUAGAACAAUUGUGACAAUGAGGUCAUAGGGAAAAUGGUAACAAUCAAUGCAGCCAAUUUAUACCCUUGCAUUGCUUGGUCGGAUUGCAGUCAAUUUAUACUGGUGAUGUUUCUUUCUUGAUAUUGUGUAAAUUGGUGGGCAUGUUCUUUAUUUUUAUUAGUCGUAACUCAGGAGUGAAGGGAAUUGAGGUGGAUUCGAGUAAUCAAUUUGUUGUAGUGUAGUAGUUCUUGGUUCUUCUCAUGGUCAUGUAAAAAAAAUGCCGAGGCUUUGGCUGGAAGAGAUGGGACAGAAAGAUUAGUAAUCUUUUUAUAUUCAUGCAUCCUUGCAGUUGCGAAAAAGUUGGUCACUAUCUUCAAACAAUGGGUUUUGUACUAUGGUUUCAGCUUAUUUAUCUCCAGUUUUUUUGAUAUUUCCAUUAGCUCAAACUGGUGAUGCUCUCAUGGCAGAUCUUACGUAUCUGCCCUUAUGAGUUUGGGACCUUCGAGCCUCAUAAGUCCCUGGAUGACGUGUUGCUGAGCAUUACAGUUGGGGACACCUGUAUGAACUGGCUUAAUGGGUACAAGGAGACUUAAAUCAACCUGGAAAACUAUAUUUACUUUUCUAUCUGGUUCUUUGUCAGGUUCAUGGAGCACCAUGAGAAGAAUAAAAAACCAGUUAAUCGAUGAGUUUGAAGGUGACCGAGGGAUAAAUUAUGUGCCUGAGCUGGAUCGGGCAAUCCUGUGGCCUGGAAAGGCUGCUGGGGGAGGAAAAAAAAGUAAAACGCGAGACGUAGCCACUGUUUGAUCGGGCGAUCCUGGGGCCAGGAUAUAUCGGGGGCGAAAGAUAUAUCGGUCAAAGAAUUUGGUGCUGCGGUUGAUGCUGAAAGAAGUUCUUACAGCCAUUAGUGCAAUAUGUCUCUUUCGGUAAUAUCAAAUUCAAACUCUUUAUCUAAAUUUCAUAUUAGUUACUUUCGAUCGAACGCUUGAUUCAUUUUUAAAUUUGGUUAAUUUUCAUAUUGUGUUUGAAUUUUGUAAGGUUUAGAUGUUGAUAAUUAGUUCAAUGAGGAAAGGUUCUUUUGUAUGAACAAGCGAGAAAAAAGGUAGUUGUAAUCUUCUCAUAAUCUAAUGGUCAGGAGUGCUGGUGAUGGUCGGGUAUACAAUUUCUGUACAAAUUUUAUUUGAUUUUUCUAUAAAAGUUUUGUUUAAGCCAAAAUUUUCAAUUAGUCCGUAAUUUCAGAUAUCUAUGGUCAAGCUAAUGAAAAGCAUCGGAGUGAAUCACAUGGUGUCUUUGGUUUUGUUUUUGCAUGGGAGGACGAAACAAAAAUGCUCGGCAAACCAUCAUGUUUACCGAGUUUGUGAUUCAGUGGCUAUCUCUGCAGCUUGCUUUUACUAAUAUAACCCAUGUCGGGAGUCUUGGUUUAUUGGAGACCAACAAUAAUUUUCCACAGAAUGAGCCGAAGUAAUCAGGUGAUAGGGACGUCAAGUGGAAGAAUUGUGACAAUGAGGUCAUAGGGGAAAUGGUAACAAUCAAUGCAGCCAAUUUAUACCCUUGCAUUGCUUGGUCGGAUUGCAGCCAAUUUAUACUGGUGAUGUUUCUUUCUUGAUAUUGUGUAAAUUGGUGGGCAUGUUCUUUAUUUUUAUUAGUCAGAACUCAGGAGUGAAGGGAAUUGAGGUGGAUUCGAGUAAUCAAUUUGUUGUAGUGUAGUAGUUCAUGGUUCUUCUCAUGGUCAUAUAAAAAAAAAUGCCGAGGCUUUGGCUGGAAGAGAUGGGACAGAAAGAUUAGUAAUCUUUUUAUAUUCAUGCAUCCUUGCAGUUGCGAAAAGAUCUUACGUAUCUGCCCUUAUGAGUUUGGGACCUUCGAGCCUCAUAAGUCCCUGGAUGACGUGUUGUUGAGCAUUACAGUUGGGGACACCUGUAUGAACUGGCUUAAUGGGUUCAUGGAGCACCAGGAGAAGAAUAAAAAACCAGUUAAUCGAUGAGUUUGAAGGUGACCGAGGGAUAAAUUAUGUGUCUGAGCUGAUUUCCAUAGUCGAUUCCGGUGUCGCUCCCAGUGGUGGUAAUCAGUCGUGAUUUACUAGUUCAGAUCUCUGUUGUUUGUCACAGUAGUGUUUGCUUCAAAUAAUAGUCGUAUUAUUGUGUUCUCAUCAUAUCUAGUGUGAUUUCAAAAAGUCGUUUUUGAACCUGGUAUUCCAUUCCUCAAUAUUGCUGCAUCGAAGAUCCUUUCUUCAGUCUACAUCUUCAUCCAUGUCUGCACUUAGAUUCAUCACCUCUAAGCUCCGUUCUGAGUCAGUCCACGCGUUUGAAUCAGUAAAACCCCAUUGCCGUGAUUAUAGCUCAUUCACAGGGAAAGUUUCUUUCAAAUUCAAAUUUCUGGUCAAUGAUAUUAAGCCAGAUAUUUUGCUUCUCUCCCAACAAAUAUGGAAACAGAAUAAUACUCAUCAAUAUAAAGAUUUCCAUAAUCCAAUUAGGUAUCCAACUUAUAAACAGAAUCCUAAAACCCUAAGCGUUACUGGAAAAAUUCAUCUCUUCACCAAAAAUCCUGGUAAAACUAUGUCACCUCAAACCAACAACCAGCUUAUGAACUCUCACAAAUAUGCAAACAUCUGGUUCUGUCUCUACUCCUCUUAGAUCAAUAAGAAGAAUAGUUGCAUCUGCUCAACCUUCUGUUGAAGAUACCGAUGGAUUUACCUUUAGUCUUCUUGGAAAAAUAAUCUUCAAGAAUCCGCUAGAUCAUGAAGAUGUGAAGAAAGAAAUAAACAAUCGCUGGAGAAGUUAUCGCAAAUAUGAAAUCAUUACUAAAGGAACAAACCUAUUUCUUUUUAGGUUUCAAAAAGAAGAUGCAUUCAAUGGUGUUAGAAUGAAAACCUGGGAUAUCAUGGGAUACUUACUGUCACUAAUCCAGUACGAUCCCAACAUAUCUAUCUCAGAACAUAAGUUUGAACAGCAUGUCUGGACUGUUAAGUUGAGAAAUCUGGGUAAUAUCAUUCUAAAUGAUAGGCUAACUAAUGAAAUAUGCAAGGAUAUAGGGAUAAAGGUCAACUCAGAGGGUAGGAGAAGGCAGCCGAGAGGAAGUGUCACAGGCACGGUUUAUAUUGAAGUCAAGCUUACUGAACCACUCGGACGCGGAGGAUGGUACAUUACUCCUACUGGCAAAAAGAAAUGGGUUAUAUAUCACUUCGAGAUGCAGCCCUAUGAGAUCUGCAAGAAAUGUUGGGUUGUGGAUCAUGAAGACACAAAAUGUAAAAGACUUGCUCAAGAACAAAAAGUGGAAGCUAUGACAGAGGCUGAAUACGCUGAAUGGAGCCAGACAGAAGAGGGGAAAAAAAUUUUGGCUGCCUAUAUAACAAUUGAGGAUGCCAAUAUAAUGGAUGUAGGGGUGGAAAUAUCCAAGGGUACUGAUAAUACUUCUUCUUCUUCGACCACUCCGUUUCAACUUUCUCAUAAUGGAGGAAUUCUAGACCUAGAAAUAGAAGAUGCUGAAAUGAGGAAAAAUAAGCGCACCAGAGAAACAAGCUCUCAGAUUAAACCCACAAACAAUACUGCUUUACCUCAUAAUCUCAAUAGCCGGAUUACCCACAACAAUCCCAUUUACCAAAGUCCUAAUAACGGAUCUGAAGAAAUGAUUGAUUAUAGCGAUCUCUCAGCUGAAAAUAGGAUGGAAUACCAACUUAAUUCAAUGGAUGAUAAUCGAUCUAAGGCAAUUGAUAGCGCAGAAUCUGAACAUAUGGGAGCGGCUUCUCGGAAUCACUAUGGAAAUGCUGCAUCUGCUAAUCAGCAGGUGACUUCAAGGGAUGCAAGCUAGUCUCAGGAAGGAGUGCAAGUUCCGAAGUAGCUGAAAGUGCAGCAAUCCUGGAGGCUGCAAGUUGGAUUAAAAGAAAUAACUUCCAGAACUUUUACAUUAUCAGUGAUGCUAAAAAUAUUAUAGCUUAUCUGAAUAAUAGCAAAGGCCAAACUAGUUGGACCUCAUGCUCUUUAUUAGAUGAUUUUCUUUUCCUUUUAAAAGAUAGUUCUCCUCUUAGAUUCAUUCAUCUUAAGAGAGAUCAUAAUAGCUUAGCAGACAUAGCUGCAAAACACAGUAGAAUGUUGAGAAUUUCAGGAGAAUGGGAUGUCAACAAUCACC